UUUUUCCAUACCAAACACACCCUUAGCCCCAAUUGCCAAGAAUCACCAACCCAAACUCCUCCUUUUCUCGACUCUCAAAGCUUUUUCUCUCCUCACAAUUUUCAUAUACAGGUCCCACUCUCAUUUUAUCUUUUCUUUUUCUAUACAGUAUAAAGAUUGCUUUUUUUCCAUCCAUUGCUGAACCAAAAACCCCUCAAAGUUCUCAUCUUUAUGACUUCAGGAACUUUCUGUGGUUGAUGGAGCUGCUGAUGUUAAUAUCUUUUUCUAAUAACAAGGGGGUUAAUGACUUGAACUCGGAGUCCGAGUAAUGGGUUUGGUCAGCACACAUAAUUUAGGUAUCAAUAUUUGUUUCAAUGGCUUCAGCACCUUCUGCCAAGAGUGGAAAUCAGACAGCGGAACGGAGUUCUCGCAGGUCUUCGCCUUCCCAAGUUUCGAAAAGUAACAAAUUAGAGAUCGCAACUUCUAAAGAACGAGAAGUUGUAUCGAAACAGAUUAUGGUAGAACCAACAGUCAGCCAAAAGUCACAGAGCAAUCAGCCUAAGGGAUGUCCCAACUCACUUGCUGAUAAAUUCAGUUCUAUGGCUACUGAGGCAAAGGGCCCACAAACCAUAGCUGAUCAGGAAAGGAAGAGUUCUAUGAAGGAGAGCUCAGCAUCAGCAUCAGCCAAAGUUAGUGAUGGGGCUAGCAGUAUUGCGAAAACAAGCGGAAGUGCCAAAAUUAGUGAUCGAGCGGAUUUUCUCGAGAGUGGUAAGAACAGCAUCUGCAGGGGUAGCACGGGAACUGAUGUAAGUGAGGAGAGUACUUCUAGCAGCUUGAGCAGCAGUGUAAACAAACCUCAUAAAGCUAAUGACUCGAGAUGGGAAGCCAUCCAAGCUAUCCGAACUAAAGACGGGGCGUUGGAUUUGAGGCACUUCCGGUUGCUGAAGAAGCUGGGAAGUGGUGAUAUUGGAAGCGUGUAUCUAUCUGAGUUGUGUGGAACAAAGUGUUAUUUUGCAAUGAAAGUUAUGGACAAGGCGUCAUUAGCUAGUCGUAAGAAAUUGCUUCGUGCUCAGACAGAAAGAGAGAUAUUGCAGUCCUUGGACCAUCCGUUUCUCCCAACGUUAUAUAGCCAUUUUGAAACGGAAAAGUUUUCGUGUUUAGUGAUGGAGUUCUGCCCAGGAGGAGACCUGCAUACACUCAGACAAAGACAACCAGGGAAGCACUUUUCCGAACAAGCAGUGAAGUUCUAUGUAGCAGAAGUGCUCCUUUCUCUGGAAUACCUCCACAUGCUUGGCAUUGUCUACCGUGAUCUCAAGCCAGAAAAUGUGCUUGUCCGAGAAGAUGGACAUAUAAUGCUGUCCGAUUUCGAUCUCUCUCUUCGCUGUGCUGUGAGUCCGACACUUGUCAAGUCAGCAUCUCUUGAAUCGGAGCCGUUAAGGAAGAAUUCAGCUUACUGUGUGCAGCCAGCAUGCAUCGAGCCCUCCUGUAUUCAACCAUCCUGUGCUGUUACCACAUCAUGUUUCGGGCCCCGCCUCUUUUCCAGCAAGUCAAAGAAAGAAAAGAAACCUAAAAAUGAAAUAGGUAACCAAGUUAGCCCGUUACCGGAGCUUAUUGCUGAGCCUACUGGAGCGCGGUCAAUGUCAUUCGUCGGGACCCACGAGUACUUAGCACCCGAGAUAAUCAAAGGUGAAGGACACGGAAGUGCAGUGGACUGGUGGACCUUUGGUAUCUUUCUAUACGAGUUAUUGUUUGGCAAAACGCCCUUCAAGGGAUCAGGAAAUCGACAAACGCUUUUCAAUGUUGUGGGCCAGCCGCUGCGGUUUCCAGAAUCUCCGGUGGUUAGCUUUUCAGCACGGGAUCUUAUCCGAGGCUUGCUCGUGAAGGAGCCCCAACACCGAUUGGCAUAUAAAAGAGGAGCCACGGAAAUCAAGCAGCAUCCUUUCUUUGAAGGUGUAAAUUGGGCUUUGAUUCGUUGCGCGAGCCCGCCCGACAUCCCGAGGCCCGUGGAGUUUGAGAGAAUUUCAGUUCCAGCAGCAUCAACCAGUGAGAAAGCUGUAGCUGGAAGUGGAACUGUCCCUUACCAGAAGAAUUCAGAUAACUAUCUUGAAUUUGAUUUCUUUUAAUCUAUUUUUUAAUAUCUUUUUUCUUUUCGCUCGAGCCGAUUGGCUGUUUCGCUUUUUCACUAAAUGAAACAUACGAAGGCUGUACAACAUUUGGAAGAUGUUAUGUGAAGGUUUGGAUAGUUUGAUGAUCAUAUUAUUUGUUUGAGUUGUAAUUGAAAAGUUAAAAAUUUGUUGUAUGGCAAAACAGUACAAGUUUGAUGCUACCAA